GUAUUAUGCGGUUUAUACCGGUAGAAGAAAUCUAAACCAUCGCUCGGACGACUCUCUGCCAAUCGACAUCGGAGGCACCAGCGGCACAAGGAGGCACCGGCGAGAAGAACGCCAAUAUGGCGGACAAGGCUGUGACUAUCCGAACAAGGAAGUUCAUGACAAAUCGUCUCCUCUCCAGGAAACAAUUUAUCAUUGAUGUGUUGCAUCCAGGACGUGCCAAUGUUUCUAAGGCUGAGUUGAAGGAGAAAUUGGCAAGGAUGUAUGAAGUGAAAGAUCCAAAUGCCAUAUUUGUUUUUAAGUUCAGGACGCACUUUGGUGGAGGCAAAUCCACUGGUUUUGGCUUGAUCUAUGAUUCUGUUGAGAAUGCAAAAAAAUACGAGCCAAAAUACAGGCUCAUCAGGAACGGUCUCGAUACCAAGGUUGAGAAGUCCAGGAAGCAACUGAAGGAGAGAAAGAACAGAGCAAAGAAGAUACGUGGUGUGAAGAAGACUAAAGCUGGAGAUGCUGCUAAGGCUGGCAAGAAGAAAUGAUUUUCUAGGAUAUCCUGUUUUUCGUGUUUGGAAACUGGGUACAGAAAUUUCUCCUUGCAGCACGUUCUUAUGUUGUGUCAUUUUGUCUAGUUAAAUUUAGUUGCCGUUUUCCAUUAGAAAAAAAUGCAUUUUUGUGGAGUUUUUCAAGUCCAAGUAUUGAAUUCUUAACACAUUCGCAGAUAGGAAGGAAGCAAAUCGUUCAGUUUCUUAUCAUGUUAUGAUAUCUUGCAUGCAUAGCUAUGUUGAUUCUGUUACGUGAUUGAAAAACUUUAGACACUCCAUGUUUUACUCCUGCCAGCUUUGUCUUGUUGGUAUUGAUCCUGGGCUAUUUUGGCAUUUUCUCAUA